GGAGAUGUUGACAUUACCGUUUGAAGAACACGACAUGAUGUGCGAGCCUCCGUUUGGUGCGAGCUUUCCUCGAGAGAACACCGGUGCUGAGCAUCGGAAACAAGACAUGUCUCGCCACCACGCGCCGGAUGACACGUCCAAUUCCGAGACAAAAGAGACAGAGGACGACAGCUCCGAGAGAGAGGAGGACGAGAGGGACGCGUGUCACGACGAAAACGGACAAUCUAAGCGGAGAGGCCCGCGGAAAAAGGGGGAUGGCGAGGGACGCGGGGAGAGGGUCAAACUACGGCGCCAGGAAGCCAACGCGCGGGAGCGCAGCCGCAUGCACGGACUGAACGACGCUCUGGAGAACUUGCGCAAAGUUGUUCCGUGUUACUCCAAAACCCAGAAACUGUCCAAAAUCGAGACACUGAGGCUGGCUAAAAACUACAUUUGGGCCCUGUCGGAGACUUUAAGUGCUGGGAAAAGACCCGAUUUGCUCUCCUUUGUCCAAACACUGUGCAAGGGACUGUCGCAGCCGACCACUAAUUUAGUGGCAGGUUGUUUACAGCUGAAUGCCCGGAAUUAUCUCACGGACCAUAACGGUGAUAUUUCCUUCUCCGCUAGGUCAUCGUAUGACGUGCUGUAUCCCUACCAGUGCUCGGACAUGGGCACGCCGACUGGGCACAGUGCGGGCACCGUGGACAGCGGCAAAACAUUCCGACCCUACAACUACCAGGGCGCGUAUGAUUCGUAUUACGAGGGCGCGUCGCCCGACGGCGGGAGUCCACACUUCGAGGGCCCGAUGAGCCCUGCCAUGAACUUCAGCGGGAUCUUUUCACUAAAGCACGAGGACCCGGCCGAGUAUGGUAAGAACUGCCACUACGGCAUGCGGUACGGAGUGCCGAGUCGAGGAGCGCUCGCCCAGAACUCCGUGUACAGGAUGUCCCCUGACAAUCAUUUCCCAUAUGACCUGCAUCUGCGCAGCCAGGCCAUCCAAGACGAAAUAAAUGCGCCCUUUCAUAAUUAAUGGCCACGUUAAAAGGUUUCAAUUCCCUUUUGACUGUUAAUGACUGACGGCACAUUUUAUGCACAGAAGUUCAAAUCAGUUUUAUUAUUCGGGUUUGUUAUAAUUUAAUUGUGUAAUAUUUAUUCAAUUCGCAGCCACUGAGCUGAAUUUCAAGAUAUUUGGGUUGAUUGUAUUCUUAUUUCAUGUUUUGUAUAAGAAGGCUCGGUCAUUCAGUGUUUGAAAUAAAUGCAAAACUAUGUGCAAUCAAACGUAAGGAUGCAAUCAGUAGGUUUUCAGUGGUCAAUGCUGCUUUAAUUCUAAAGAAAGUUUUAGAAUAAAUUCAUUUCAAGGGAAUACAAAUCUAUGCAAACACGCACAGGUAUAUUUCAACUCAAGCAAACAUAGCCUAUAUAUUGGAAACAGUGCAGUGACUAGUCUGGCAAAAACAAAAUUGCCAUUUUCGUUUUUUUUUCCCUAGACAGAAAGUAUACAGCCUCUUUUGAAGUUGAACGAACUGGCAAAUCAUAUUAAUGAGACCCACUCUCAGGCACCAUUUUAACGUGUGGCUAUGGUGGCAGUGUAACAGAUGGGAUGAUCUGGCAUGAAAUUCGCUGGGCUAGACAUGUAGCCUUUUGGUUUAUUGUAGAUUAACUGGGUUUUCAAAAUUAAUGCAGAUCGUGGGAUGCCGCUGUAUGCCUUCUGUUUUCGAAUUAUUGCAAGUGGACAAAUGUUAAAAGGUUCAGAGAAGGCCUCUAUUUUGGAACCUUGCAAUGUAGGAUAUUCUGUCUAUUCCUUAUUGAUCGUUGUUCAAAAUGUAAAUAAAACAAAUUAUGUACAAAUGCUGUGAAGGUCGUUGUAAUGUUUUUACCAUGAAUGUAUAAUUUAAUCUGCGUACUGGUAUUGCUGACGAAUGUUUACAGUUUACAGUUUUAUGUAUCUCCUCUGUCUUUUGAUUUAGGCCUACGCACAAUUCUCCCUAUCUGUCAUUAAAUAUAACUGUAUUUACCUGUGAAAGAAAAGGUAAAGUUGGCAACUUGUCACUGGUGCCCACAGGGCCUUGUGUGAGGCCUAGGCCUAUAGCCUAUUUUACCUGCUUUCAUCUCCUAAUUUAUUUAUUUAUUGAGGCAGUAUGUUCAUCAUAGGCCGCCAGGAGGAUGAUGAAUAACCUUUGCUAAUCAUUUACUGUAUUAUUAUUUAACGUGUGAAAUGUUUUCUCAAAUAAGUGUCUAUUUCCAAUAAAAUGUUGAUUCCG